AUGGCUGAUUCAAUCUCUGCCUUAACCAAUUCUACCUCUGGAACAAUCAAUUCCAGUCAACCUCACUCUUUACCUGCAACAGUUUCCACCGAAAUAAUCAAUCCCAAUCAGCUCCUACCUCUACCUGCAACAGUCCCCACCAUACCGGUUAAGCUAAAUGGCAAUAAUUAUUUUUUCUGGCAGGGCAUUAUGAGUGCACUACUGGAAACUUACGAUCUACUUGGCUAUGUCGAAGGGGAUAUUCCAGCUCCAGAGAAAACAAUUUCAAGGGAUGGUAUCAUUGUUCCCAAUCCAGCUUUCAGGCAGUGGGUAAUGAGAGACAAAUUUGCUCUUACCUGUAUUAUACUUGCUCUGACAGAAGAGAUUGGCUGCAAUAUCGUCGGUCUGAAGACUUCCCGUGAAGCAUGGACCGCACUCGAGACUAUGUUUCUUGCACAGACAGCAGCUCAGAUUGAUUUUCUUGAACAGCAAUGGCGCAAUCUGCGAAAAGAAGGCAAGACAGUACUGAAAUACAUCAAUUCAGUGCGACAAUUAGCAACAAGAUUUGCUCAGAUCGGAAAACCAAAAUCAUCUGAGCAAAUUAAUCGAGCCAUUGUAACAGGUCUCGGGUUAGACUUGGAACCGCUAGUUCUCGCACUCUCUCCGUCUCUCACUGCCAUGACAACCAAUGAACUUACCAAUCUCCUCCUUCAUAAUGAGUCUCGACGCCUUUCUGCCUCCACCGUGACACAAUCGGUCAUGGCACUGACCUAA